UUCUGCUCUUGUUCCUGAAAUUCUCUGCAAAUCGACGAGCGAGAGAGGGAGAGAGAUGCAUAGAUCGCGAUCGGCGUCGUUGGUUCGUGCGAUCGUCUCGCUCCUGUUCAUAUUCGGUUCGUGCGAGGCGCUGUACGGGCCGUCGUCUCCGGUGCUUCAGCUCAACCCUUCCAACUUCAAGAGCAAGGUUUUGAAUUCAAAUGGAGUUGUUUUGGUCGAGUUCUUCGCGCCUUGGUGUGGGCAUUGUAAAGCUCUGACACCGACAUGGGAAAAGGCGGCCGCUGUAUUGAAAGGGGUAGCCACUGUGGCAGCUCUAGAUGCCGAUGCGCACCAGUCCCUCGCUCAGGAGUAUGGAAUUAGAGGAUUUCCAACCAUAAAGGUGUUUGUACCUGGGCAGCCUCCUAUUGAUUACCAAGGAGAAAGGGAUGUCAAACCUAUUGCAGAAUUUGCACUAAAACAGAUCAAGGCACUUCUCAAAGAACGCUUAAAUGGUAAAUCAACUGGAGGAUCAAGUGAGAAAUCCGAACCUAGUGCGUCGGUUGAACUGACUUCCAACAAUUUUGAUGAGUUGGUUCUCAAAAGUAAAGAACUCUGGGUUGUAGAAUUUUUUGCUCCAUGGUGUGGUCACUGUAAAAAACUGGCACCUGAGUGGAAGAAGGCUGCCAAUAAUUUGAAAGGAAAAGUGAAGUUGGGACAUGUUGACUGUGACACCGAGAAGUCUCUAAUGAGCAGGUACAAGGUGCAAGGCUUCCCUACUAUCCUCGUAUUUGGUGCUUACAAGGACAGUCCAAUUCCUUAUGAGGGUGCUAGAACUGCCUCUGCUAUCGAAUCCUUUGCUCUAGAGCAGCUGGAGACAAAUGUUGCUCCUCCUGAAGUGACGGAGUUGACCAGCCAAGAUGUUAUGGAGGAGAAAUGCGGUUCAGCUGCCAUCUGUUUUGUUGCUUUCCUGCCUGAUAUCUUGGACACUAAGGCAGAAGGAAGGAACAGAUAUAUUCAGAUGCUAUUGUCAGUAGCAGAAAAGUUCAAAAGAAGUCCUUACAGCUUUGUUUGGGCCGCCGCUGGUAAGCAGCCAGAUCUAGAGAAACUUGUUGGUGUGGGUGGAUAUGGGUACCCCGCGUUGGUGGCACUAAAUGCAAAGAAAGGCGCGUAUGCCCCGCUCCGGAGCGCAUUCGAACUUGACCAUAUUGUAGAGUUUGUGAGGGAAGCCGGGCUUGGUGGUAAGGGCAAUUUGCCUUUUGAAGGUACCCCUGUGAUCGCGAAGGCGGAGCCAUGGGAUGGUAAAGAUGGAGAGAUUUUUGAAGAGGACGAGUUCUCUCUUGAGGAACUAAUGAGCGAGGAUGCACCAAACAAGGAUGAGUUAUGACCGAUUCACACUAGGAAACAGAAUGAGGAGGGCCGGCAAAAUUGAGUAUUUGCUUUUGGACAUUGCUCGAGUGUAAUGGAAAGUCCGAUGUUGGUUUUGCUGGCGUACUUGUUCUUAAUUUUCUGAUUGUGAGAUUCUCCUGACUUGGAUAUCGGUAGGUCUGAGAGGUCGAUCUUAUUUGACUCAAAUAUAAGAAUUGUGGGAAAACACCAAAAAUUUACCUCA